AUGAUGUUCAUCACCAUUGACAGACUUGGAGGUAAGGUUGCAGUGAUCACUGGAGGUGCUGCAGGCAUUGGUAAAACUACAGCCAAAUUGUUCAGCCAACAAGGUUGUAGAGUUCUUAUUGCUGACAUCCAAGAUGAAUUGGGUCACUCUGUUUGCCACGAAAUUGGGCCAGAGAUGUCCUCAUUCAUCCAUUGUGAUGUUACCAAAGAAGAUGAUGUGAAGAAAGUAGUAGAUGAGGCUAUUACAAGAUUUGGAAAGCUUGACAUAAUGUUCAACAAUGCCGGAGCAAUUGAUCCACCAAAGAUAAAGAUAAUGGAUAACGAAAAAUCUGAUUUUGAUAAUGUCCUCAGCGUCAAUGUCACCGGUGUCUUCUUAGGCACCAAACAUGCAGCCCGUGUUAUGUUACCCCUGAAACAAGGAAGCAUAAUUAACAAUGGUAGUGUGAGUUCAAUCAUGGGAGGUAUAGCUUCUCAUGCUUAUGUUGCUUCAGAGCACGCAGUAGUAGGUCUCACCAAGAAUGCAGCGGCAGAGUUGGGCCGGUCCGGGAUAAGGGUUAACUGUGUCUCUGCAUUCACGAUUGGAUCGCCCUUUUUUAGGAAUUUGGUGAAGGAGUAUGAUGAUGAUGAGAUUGAGAAGAGGGUAGAGAAGAUGUCUAGUCUUAAAGGAGUUACCUUGACUGCACAAGAUAUUGCUGAGGCUGUUCUUUAUUUUGGAAGCGAUGAAUCAAGAUGUGUGAGUGGACAUAAUUUCGUCAUUGAUAAAGGCUUUACUGUUACAAAUACCAACUUUGGUAUGUUCAACCAAUUAAACUCCUGA